AUGUACAAUGAGGAGUUUUUUGCCUCGCGAGUGAAUGGGAGCGAUGUUCUGGACUGCGAGCAAGAGAAAGUUCCAGACGCUAAACCGUCUUUACGAAUUCGCGAUGUCUUCAAUGGACUGGAACCGAUGAUACCAUUACAAUGGCAGGUAGUGCAGAGUCGUGCUCCUGGUUGUUAUGUGGCUCCGGAUAGCAAGAUCCUCAAACCAGCACGUACGCCCUUACAAAAAGGCUCUAUGCCCAUGGGCGGGGAUAAAUCGCAGAUAGGAGCGAAGAAGACUCGUUAUCAGCGACGGAAAGAGGCCAAGAAACGGAGAUCUCUUCAGUUCCAAGAGAAGCAACUUACGUCUGUACCAGAAGUCGAAAUGGAAGAGCAGAACAGUUUCUGUCCGUUUGGCACCUCCACGGAACAGGCUUCCCCUGCGCAUAGCGAUGUUUCUGACAAUUGA